UCUCCUCAAACACAUACACCAUACAUGCUCGCUCUUCCUCCUCUUGGGUUCGUCCCCUCUGAUCCCUCCCUCCCUCACCCUGCCCCCCAUCUCUAGGGUUUUAGCACCCCAUUUCCCCAUCGCCAUUUCCGAUCGGAUCGCCCCCUUCUCACCCACCGCCACGCAGAUCCCGCGGCGAGCCGCCCAACCCUCCGGCGCCGCCACCUUCGUCUCAGAGGUCUCCGCCGAAAGCCUCGCACAAAUCCCCUCCUCUUUUUUGCCCAUUUGUUGCAAAGAUCAGAUUUUUUCCCCCUUACCCAUCUCUUGCGUUUCGUUUCUUCCGUUUCCGGAAAUUUCACCGCCUCCUUGAGAUCUCGUGUUCGCCGAUCUGAUCUUGCCGCGUCUCGCGAGAAGCAUAGCAGUUUUGUGCGAGAGUUCGCGGGGGCAGAUCCUCGGAGUUGAGAUUCUUGCGCCCAUUUGCUGGCUCCAAUACCUUUCUGAAGCAUCUGAUCUCGAAUAGUGAAACAAAGUAGCCACCUUUGUGCCGUUUCUUGCAACUAGGCUUGGCCCCUCUGCGUGUUGGUGGUGGGUUGGCGGUGAGGGGGCUCUGCGGCGCUGCCCAUUCCUAUGAAUGGACGGCAGGGAGUCCACGGUGGCGUCGGGGCCCAACUUCUCGUCGUUCUACGCGCAGCACCGGGGCAUCGGGGCUCCGGGUGUCCCCGGCCACUCGCCGGGGCUCCACGGCCCGCCGCCCGGCGGGUACCGGCAGCAUCUUGAUGCAGUCUCUGCGGGGUACGCAUUCCAGAACCCGCACGUCGGGGGGCCCCACAUUGGGCAGGGGUACCACCAUGUUGAGGCCUCACCUCCUGUGGUGCAGCACAGCGCCGGUGGCGGCGCCAGUUCCGGCGGUGCUAUGGACAUUGGCAUGGGUGUCGCCGUAGGUGCUGAUGCUAAGGGGGAUCAGGGGAGUGGGGCUGGCGGUGGCCAGGAUGAGCAGGUGAAGAAGAAGCGGGGGAGGCCAAGGAAAUAUAAGCCUGAUGGUGCGGUGACUCUUGGGUUAUCGCCCACUUCAUCAUCAACGCCUCACUCGUCGAACUCGGGGAUGGGAACCAUGGUCAGCACACCAGGUUCAGGAUUUGGUUCAGGGGGAUCAGGCGGUUCAGGCUCUGGUGCCCCUUCAGAGAAACGUGGCAGAGGACGGCCACCUGGUUCUGGGAAGAUGCAACAGUUGGCUUCGCUUGGAAAGUGGUUUCUUGGCUCUGUUGGAACAGGUUUUACUCCUCAUGUGAUUAUUAUUCAACCAGGAGAGGAUGUUGCUGCCAGGAUAAUGGCCUUUUCACAACAAGGCCCAAGGGCAGUGUGCAUCAUUUCAGCAACUGGAGCUGUUUCUACAGCAACCCUUCAUCAGGAUUCAGACUCUGGUGGUGUGGUUACAUAUGAGGGUCGAUUUGAGAUCCUGUGCCUUUCUGGGUCAUACUUGGUGCUGGAUGAUGGUGGCACCCGGACCCGAAGUGGAGGGCUAUGCAUAGCUUUAUGUGGCCCUGACCACAGGGUUAUCGGUGGCAGUGUUGGUGGAGUCCUGACAGCAGCUGGAACAGUUCAGGUGAUAGUGGGGAGCUUCAUGUAUGGCGGUUCGAAGAAAAACAAAGCUAAAGCCGAGGCGGACAUGGAGCACGAGGAGGUGAAUAAUGCUGGAGAGGAAGAGGCGGCCCCUGCGAUGGUGGUGCCGGAGCACAACAUGCCCCCUCACGCGAUGGGCGGAUGGCCUCCGGGCAUGAUGAGGCAGAUGGACUCGAGGACCUCCAACAUCGAUAUCAACUCGAUCCGCGACCGCGAGUAGGUAGUUGGCCGGCUGGGUAAGGCGGCUGAGCUGAGGACACAGGCACAGCAUAUGCAUGCGCUAACUUCCCCGUAGGUGCGAGAAGAGUUGUCGUGGUUGCUGUGUUGAUUAGGAACCCCGCAUAUAUUAUCAUAUAAAUGGUGAAAUUAUUAUGUUGUAGUACCUGGAUGCUGUUGUAUGAGAUAAUGAGAGACGAUGCUUUUGGUACCCACCGUAUUCUAUGUAGUUACUGUGGGUGAAUAUCUAUCUAUUGAGGUAUGGUUGGUGUUUGGCACGAGA